GCGCGAUGCCCCACAAUCGGAGCUCUUUUUUGGUCUCUCAGUCGCUCAAAAAUCGUGGAGGUAGCAACUAAUACCUUCUACAAUGGACGUUGACAUCAAGCAGGCCAGGAGCCUUUUCGAAUUAAAUGAGAGAGUCUUCGCCAUUCUCGGAGUGUGGCCAUUGCACUCGUCAUACGGGAAGUUCAGUGUGUGGAUUAUUUAUCUUCUAAUUCAUUUGACAAUGCAAUUAGCCGAUCUUUAUUAUGCAAUCGGUGAUUUGGAAGAGGUAGUGCUGAAUCUAACGGAGUCCAUAUUUAACAUUAUGGUGGUCUUUAAAAUGAUUGUUAUGAGAUUUUCGGGCACUCUCGUUACUCUCAUGAAUCGAAUAAUUAACGGUGUUGAUUUGAAAUUCUUCGAAAGCUCCGAAGAAUUGAAAACUUAUCUGAGCUACAAUCGCAUUGCCCAAAUGUUCUUCAAGCUUUGGUUAACGACGGGAAUCGUUGCGACUACUAGCUUCAAUUUGAAGUGCUUGGAACCCCGCUUGAAAUCUGCGUUUGGGAAUCAGACUUUACCCUACGUACUGUGUCAUCGCACUCGGUUCUUCUUUGAGGUGACGGAUUCUUCCACUUUCUGGCUCGUCUGGUUAUAUCAAUGCCCAAUGAUAUUUUUAUCCGCCUAUCUAGCGGCAACGAUUGGUUACGUCUUCACUCUUAUACUUCACGUAUGUGGAAAAAUGUCGGUUCUGGUGUGCAGAAUAAAAAAGCUUGAUCUGUCCAAAAUUGAAAGUGAUGAGUUUUCAAGAAGAGUUUUUGGUGACAUAGUCGAAAGGCACCUUGAAAUUUUGGGAAUGGCACGGGGCAUCAACCAAGUAUUCAGUUUGCUUCUGUUAGAAGAGCUGUUCAGUUGCACCCUCCUCAUAGGUCUCACAAGUUACAAUGUUCUCCAGAACGUUGAUUUUGAAGAAACUGGUUUAUUUUUUACAUACUUGUUUUAUGGUUGUACGAUGCUUUUAUUGAUUUAUGGUUACUGCGUUGCUGGCGAAUAUCUUAUCACUGAAAGUGGAAAUCUGUACGAAGCUUACUAUCAAUGCCAAUGGUACGAUAUGUCAGAAUCUUUCAAGAAACAAUUGAUCAUAUGCAUGAUUGGUGCAGAGAAACCCAUUCAAUUAAAUGCUGGUGGAUUUUACAUUUUUUCACUGUUCAGCUUUAUGAGCAUUCUUAAAACCUCAGCUGGUUAUAUUUCUAUGCUGAGAACAAUGAUUUGAGCAGAAAUUAUGAUUUUCUUCGUCUCGUGGUUAACGUCGAAUUAGAAAAAAUCGUCUUUUUAGGAACGUGUUUUUGUCCCCUUCAAGUGGAAAGUCUUGCUUACUUUCCAAUGAAAAAAAAUGAAUCAAAGUGAAUUUGUUUACGCCGCGAACCAUUCUCGAGUCUCCCAAAAUCAUUUUAUCAACACAAUGGUAUCACAAAUAAUCACCACUUUCACUCACGACCUCGAGUCAUUGUGAAUCGACCGAUGAGGAGUGGCACUUA